ACUUCCCCACCUUCUCCACCUUCUCUCCCGUACACUUAGCCACCGCCGCCCCCUUUGGCCAAAACCCUAGCGCCCGCACCAUGGCCGGCCUCCACCCCUGCGUCGACGGCGACGAGCUCGAGUCCCCCCGCCUCCCCGCCCUCAAGUGGCUAGAAACCCACCAGAAGAGAGGAGAGCGCCGCUCCUCCUCCGUCUCUCUCGAUUCCCAGCCCACACACCCAACCCGCCGUCGCCGACCUCCAUCCUCCCCGCCAACCCCAGCCACCGGCGACCACUCCCCUCCCCUCCUCUCCUAAGGCCAUGGUGGGACCCUCCUCGCUCGCGCCAUAAACGUAGCCGCACCGCACAGCCAUGGCGAGAUCCAGCACCAGGCUCAUGAGGAGGAGAUGAGACAGGCAGGCACCCUCGACGCCCGCCAAGGAGGAGCUGCUCUUCAAGGCAGGCAGAGUUUGGGCCACCGCGUCGCCGGCAUUGUUCCUCCUCCACCUCGACUGGCCGACGCAGAGAGAAGAGAAGCCCGAAGUCCUCGGCCCUGUCGUCGGAGCGCCGAACCCUCAUCGCCUGGAUCCAGUCGCCGACGCAGCCACGCCGUUCACCCCGAGAUGGAUGUUGCUCUGCAGAUGGCCAGGGUCUCCGCCGUCGGCGUCGGCGUCAUCUAUGGCUCCAUCAAGAUCGGCAUCCUCAAGGGACACUAUCUGCUACGGUGCGCUCUGCUCGAGAAGGAGGACUACGCUCUCGCCGUCAAGGAGUUCGAGAAGGUCCGCGGUUUGCAAAUCCUCUCUGUACAUUCUGAACCAGGCUCUGUAUUAUACUAAGAUCAUCACGUUCCUGCCAUUUACAGUAUAAGAAUUGGUAGAUUGUAAGCACCAGUCUGACUGACGAUUAACUUGAAGAUGGUCUAGAAUAUCUAUCAGGAGUUGGCGUGAGUUGUAGUCUAACAAAUUUAUUGGAUUUUAUUGUCUGCGUUUUCCAUAGCAUUGCGGAAUUUUAACUGAACCCCUUGCCCUCUUUCACAUUUGUAAAUAUCAUCAGAUGAAAUGGUUUCACUCUUACCACUUGGUGGCUCUACAUAGCUUGUCAUCAGCUUGUUAUCUUCUUGAGAAAGAUGGAAAAAUCAAUGUGUAAUGACUAGUACUGAUUUUCUUGGUGCAUUUCGCCCCGCUCUUCUGAUUACCUAUGGAUUUAAUU